AUGGAUAACAUCAGUUUGGGAUUACUCGGAGACGGUAACACUUCUCUUCAGAACCAGCUUCAUUCCUGCAUCACAUUGAGGAACCAGGUCUCUCGCAUUUCCCUGUAUGCCUUCCUCUCCGUGGGUAUCGUCUGCACGGUCGUGGGAAACUGCCUCGUGGUGUUGUCCAUUGCCUACUUCAAGCAGUUGCAGUCACCCACAAACUCCUUCGUCAUGUCCCUGGCAGUGGCUGACUGCCUUGUUGGCCUGUUAGUGAUGCCGUAUAGCAUGAUCCGAACUGUGGAGGGAUGCUGGUACUUUGGUGUCCUACUCUGUCAGCUUCACUCUAGCCUAGAUGUCAUGCUCUGCACUGCCUCUAUCUUCCAUCUCAGUUGCAUCGCCUUUGACCGCUACUAUGCUGUCUGCAACCCGCUACUUUACUCUUUAAAGAUUACCCGCGGCCGCGUAGCUCUCCUUAUUGUUACAUGUUGGGCCGUUCCUACGCUCAUCUCCUUUGGCCCAAUAAUGCUAGAUCUUCAUAUUGCCGGGGUGGACAUCCCGCUUCCUGAAGAUGUGUGUGUGUUUUUGGUCAAUCGCAUCUAUGCCGUCAUGGCUUCAUUGGUGGCCUUUUACUUGCCGAUGGCUAUCAUGCUAAUAGCCUACUGGAAGAUCUUCAAAGCUGCCAAACGGCAAGCCAUGCAGAUCAGCGCCAUGGAGAGCCAGAUGGCUGCCGGAGUCGGCAAAGACUCAAGCAAGAAACAAAGACACCAAAACGCGAUGAAGAGAGAAAGGAAGGCAGCAAAAACUUUGGGUAUCAUCAUGGGAGUAUUUCUAAUCUUCUGGAUGCCCUUUUUUACAGUCAACAUUGUGGACCCAUUUAUUGAAUACAGCACAGAGGUGGUUGUGUGGGAUACAUUUUUGUGGCUGGGAUACAUCAACUCAUCUCUAAAUCCCUUCCUGUAUGGGUUCUUCAACCGUUCCUUCCGCAGGGCAUUCCUUAUGUUCAUGGGCUGCAGAGUAUGUCUGCCUGCAACCUCCCCUGGGAUGGAGCUGUCGCACACAAAAAAAGACGCAAAUGAACAUUCAGAUCAACCUUAG